AUGCGAUAUAGUGAUGACCGUUGGACCAGAGCGUUUACUGACUGGAUCCCUCCGGACAUGAAACGAAUUCCAGGACGGCCGCCAACGAGAAGGUCAGACUUCUUCACGAAAGCUCUGAACGAAAGGAAUGUUGAACUUCGUGUCCCUGAAGCGAGGACGAUUCACUGGACCAUUCUGGCUCGUGACAGGGACAAAUGGAGACGUUACUGGCGCCCGCUCGGGGAAAUCUAUGAUUCAUGUGGAUAA